AUGGCUAGGAAGAAAGCUAAGUCUGAUCCAUCGAAGCCGAAGAGGCCACAGUCUCCUUUCUUUCUUUUCAUGUCUGACUUCAGAGUGAGGUUCAGGAAGGAAAAUCCAGACAAUAAAUACGUCUCUGUGGUUGGUAAAGCUGCCGGUGAAAAAUGGAGAUCGAUGUCUGAUGCUGACAAGGCUCCUUACGUUGCUGAUGCAGAAAAGAAGAAAAUGGAAUAUGUGAAGGCCAUUCAUGCCUACAAUAAGAAGGUUCUGAUGGCCUGCAAUAAUACUAAUUUGGUUGCCGGAAAAAAAUCCUCUAGCGGAAAAAGUUUUGUCAAGUCAAAUUCUGAACUCAAUGAUGAUGAUGAUGACGACGACGACAAUGAGGAGGAGGAGGAGGAGGAUGAUGAAUCUGGUGACCAAGAUACUGCUUAUAAUCCUGCAUCAAGGACUAAGAAGGUAAAACAAAUGGUCGGCACUUCCACCCAAGGUUUCCCGUCUAAGGUGUUGGAAAUUUCUUCCUCCCCCUCAACUUCCUUUCCUAAUGAGUCUUCGCUGUCGCCUGAAAUCCAAGUCCAGUCGAAGCCUUUUGGUCCACAGGCGACUGCUACUCUGACUCAAUCUUUUGAUUCAAGACAGAAAGUUGUGCUGGCAUUAGAAGUUCAGCCUUUCCCGAUUUCUGAUCCUGUUGUGUCCGCAAACCCACAAACAAAUGUCUCUCCAUCUGUAGAUGUAGUCAUGAAGGACCAAGUAGUAAUUCCCGAAGAAAUGGGCACCUCGGAAGGGGGUUUCCAGGAUGUUCACCCUGAUCAAGAUCCAAGGGAUGACCUACUUCACCAGGUUAAGCAAGCAUGUAAUGGGGACAGUGGCGACGCUGACCCCGCAGAUGACUUGCUUUCUUUGCUGACUAACUCAAGUCCUACAGCUUCUGUGUUUGCUGGGCUUGAUUCUAGUGACUCGGAAGCCAUGCAACUUUUCAAAGAUCUGAAGCUACUAGUGUCGAAGCCAUUGGAUGUCGCUUCUGCUGACACCUCUGCAUUCGAUCAGAUGAGGAGGCUAGUUGAAAAACUCAAGCCUCUCAAGCAACGGUUGCCUCUCUCAGGCCAAAGUACACUUGAGCAGGUCAACAACUUUCUAUCCCUUCAUGCCUCCAAGAAUGCUUUCUUAACAGCCACCCUUCCUGUUUACGAGCAAGCGGUGAAUUCCAAAGAGGACUUGGUAAAGAAGCUCCUUCCUCUCAAAGAACAAAAAGAAAAUAUUGCGGUAAAUAAAAAGCAGCAUGAGGCAGUUAAGGUCAAGGCUGAAGAGAAAGUUGAGCAACUCAAGAAGCAAUUGGCCUUAGCUGAGGUGGAACUAGCUGAAGCCAACACAGGUAUUGCUGUCUUUAUCAAUUCAGAGAAAAAGCGCGUCGACAGCAUCAAUGCCCUUCGUGAUGAGGUGAAUCAGACGGUGAAAACUCUAAGGAAUCUUCAGUCUGACUACGAGUUAGCAGUGUUGACUAGGAAAGAACUUGAGGAUCUCUUGUUGGUGAUUACCCAAUCCAGUCGCCCUUGACGUACUUUAAACUUGAAAUUAUUUUCCAUUUUGUAGAAUCGACAAUUGGCUUGUUUAAUACAAUGUUUAUUUUGGUCUAUACGUUUUUCUCUUUAAUUCGAAUUAUCCUCCUGAUAGAAGCCAAUGAUUUGUUUGUUGUGCCAAUUUGGUUUCUAGUUCUUAAAUGGACUGAUUUAUUUUCAGCAAAUAAUGAGGUGUUCAA